AGGCGUGCUCUUGUUUCUCCCUCAUCUCUUGGAAGUGAAAGUGGCUGUCAACCAGGCGGCGGAAGCGGCCGACGACGAACAGGAAACGGAAGUGUUUGUGUAGCUCAGGGAGGAAGUGUCUGCUGCCGGAGAUGCUCCUCGGAUCCCAGACCCGCUGAGAGGGGCGGCCGGCCAGCCAGCCAGCCAGCCAGCCAGCCGGGCAGUUCCUUGAAUCUGCCAACCAGCACUGACCUCUUUAAACAGCACACAUCGCACAAUAUGGGGCCUAGACGGAAAAAUGUGAAAGUGUGUUCCACAAGCAGGGAAGGCCCCAUGUACAUUAAAGCUGCUGAACUGAAGGACUAUAUGAACCAGCUUUCACAUGAAGUGCUUUGCCAUAUAUUUAGAUACCUUCCCCUGCAGGAUAUCAUGUGUAUGGAAUGCCUCUCACGAAAGUUAAAGGAAGCAGUUACUUUGUACUUAAGAGUGGUGAAGGUGGUGGAUCUCUGUGCAGGCCGAUGGUGGGAGUACAUGCCUACUGGAUUCACAGAUUCCAGCUUCCUAACCUUGCUGAAGAAAAUGCCAGACAUUGAGCAACUGUAUGGGCUCCAUCCAAGGCACCUUGACCGGCGCAGAGUUCGUGGCUAUGAAGCAUUCAGCAUUCCAGGAGUUUUAGAAGCCUUGCAGACCUGCCCUAAUCUACUAGGAGUUGAAACUUCCCAUUUGGAACUUGUAGAAGCCAUUUGGACAUACAUGCCACAAGUUCAUAUUCUAGGGAAGUUUCGUAAUCGUAACGGUGCCUUCCCAAUUCCACCUGAAAACAAACUCAAAAUACCAAUAGGAGCUAAAAUCCAGACUUUGCACUUAGUAGGCGUUAAUGUCCCUGACAUUCCUUGCAUCCCAAUGUUGAGGCACCUGUAUCUGAAAUGGGUGAGACUCACCAAACCACAGCCUUUUAAGGAUUUCCUUUGCAUCAGCUUACGCACUUUUGUCAUGAGAAAUUGUGCAGGACCCACAAACUCAUUGAAGUACGUACCAUUAGUCACAGGCUUGGCUUCAGCUCGAAAUCUGGAGCAUCUAGAAUUAGUUCGAGUUCCCUUCCUUGGAGGUCUUAUUCAGCAUGUUGUAGAGGACAGCUGGAGAUCUGGGGGCUUCAGAAAUUUGCACACUAUAGUUCUGGGAGCUUGCAAGAAUGCUCUGGAAGUGGACCUUGGCUACCUCAUUAUAACAGCUGCACGAAGGUUGCAUGAAGUACGAAUCCAGCCUUCCCUUACCAAAGAUGGAGUGUUCUCUGCACUGAAAAUGGCAGAAUUGGAGUUUCCACAAUUUGAAACCCUACAUCUUGGAUAUGUUGAUGAGUUUUUGCUGCAGUGUAAAAUGAUCAAUGCUGACCUAGUGAAGUAUGGCUUGGCAGAUGUGGUUGAAAAUCCAGGCAUCAUCACAGACAUUGGAAUGAAAGCAGUGAAUGAGGUCUUCUCUUCAAUUAAAUACCUUGUCAUAUACAACUGCCCACAUCUACAUAAUCCAAGCAGUUGGAUCACAGAUCAUUCAAGAUGGACUCGGCUAUUUGAUCUUACCUUGGUGAGAUGCCAUGCAAUUAAAUUAGACUCUUUUAGUCAGUUUAUUGAAUUGCUGCCAAGCCUGGAGUUUAUCUCUCUGGACCAGAUGUUCCGGGAGCCUCCUAAGGGUUGCGCUCGUGUGGGUCUGAGUGCAGGUACAGGGAUUGGGGUUUCUUCUGCUUUGGUCAGCAAUCAAAACUCCAACAAUGAAAAUGACAACAAUAAUAACCAUCAGAACAACAAUGCCAAUAUACACCAUAACAACCACCAGCAACCAAACGACCAAAAUGAGGAGAAUGAAUUGCAACGGGAGGAGCAGGCAGAAGAACAACAGAUUGCAGCAGAGGCAUUGAAUGAUAUGGAGGAGGCAGUACAGGAAGAUGGAGUGGCUGUAGCAGAAAGCCACAGUGAUGCCUCUGCAACGAAUCAAGCACUCCUUCCUAUGGAAGUUGAUGAAGAACAAGCAGGGCCCAGUGGUCUUCAGCCUAAUGUAAAUCUCGCACCUAUUACUGUCCAUGAUUCGGACAGUGAGGAUGAAGACGAGAACAUGGCAAACUCAAGAUCCUGUAUUACAAACAGUAUUGCACAAAGUUACUCAGAUGGGGAGGAGAGAGCCAAGGAGCCAGUGGAAAUCCAUGAACCGUCAGCAGUGAGUGGUAAAGGCAAAGCUCCAUUACGGAAAAGAUGCAAUGCCAGUCGUGUGAAAGUCUUUCUUUCGGAGGAAAGCAGCUGCGAAAAAGGCUGUCAAGUGACCAGUGAGCAGAUAAAAGCCGACAUGAAAGCAGCUAGUGAUGGGACAACAGAAAGAAAUAAAAACAAAGAUUGUUAUCCAGGCUAUGGGGGCGGCACUGGACCUCCAGGGAGUACUUCUCCAAACCCUGAAGGCAGUCUGAGGACAGCUGAUGGCUCUGCUGCUGCCCCAUCCUCUGUUGCAGAGGAUUCUGGGAAGUGUCUCUGCAGGAACGAAGGUGAUCGUGAAAGAAAUGAAGAGGAUGACAACAACAACUCUUUAUGCUCUAGGUGUUCUUCCUAUGUGCCCCAGACUCAUCAGGGGAGGACUAAUGGAGUCUCUGAUGGAGAAUGUCCAUCAACCAGUGGGUCCCGUGGCAUGAAUGGACCAAAUAUGGGAGGAGCUGAGUUCUCCCUGAGAACGUUACCAGAAUGCGGUUCUCCAGGUGAGACCAGCAAUGAAAGGAUUAAUGAGAGAGUCUGUGGCACGGCAAAUGUGGAACAGGGUGCCAGUUCACAUCAAGAGAGGCAUGGAAUGGCACACGGUGAAGAGUACCCACGCAGGCCUCUGACAAGAGCCAGAAGCAGGCUUUCUCAUGUGCCCUUGGUGUCUCAAUCAGAAGUGACCAAAGCAAAGCCCAAGCAAUCAAUAAAACGGAAACGAACAGCAGACAAGUCCACAAGCACCAGCGACCCUGUCAUUGAGGACGACCAUGUUCAGGUUCUGACACUGAAAUCAAAAAACCUUGUUGGGAUCACUUUAACAAAUUGCGGCAUAACAGACCUGGUGCUGAAAGACUGCCCUAAAAUGAUGUUCAUUCACGCCACCAGAUGCCGAGUACUUAAGCACUUAAAAGUAGAGAAUGCACCCAUUGUCAAUCGAUUUGACUAUGCUCAGUGCAAGAAAUUCAACAUGGAUCAAGUCCUGGAUCAAAUACUGCGGAUGCCACCAGAGAGAAAUCGGAUCAUUUAUCUUCGUCCCAUGCAGCAGGUUGACACACUGACUCUAGAACAAAAGAUAUUUAGUGGUCCUUAUCCAUACCACAUCUGUGUAAUUCAUGAGUUUAGUAACCCUCCAAAUGUUCGCAACAAGGUGCGCAUUCGCAGCUGGAUGGAUACAAUAGCAAACAUUAAUCAAGAACUUAUUAAAUAUGAAUUCUUCCCAGAAGCCACACGAACAGAAGACGAUCUUAAAAAAUACACCAAAUACCCUUGGGGAAGAGACAUUUACACUCUAGAAGGCGUUGUGGAUGGGGCUCCUUACUCCAUGAUUACAGAUUUCCCUUGGUUAAGAUCACUCAGGACAGCGGAGCCUAAUGGCUAUGCCAGAUAUGAUUUUGAGGAUGAUGAAAAAACUACUAUUUAUGCUCCCAGAAGAAAAGGACAGCUGUCUGCAGACAUCUGCAUGGAAACUAUUGGCGAGGAGAUCUCUGAACUACGUCAAAUGAAAAGAGGCGUAUUCCAGCGGGUGGUAGCCAUUUUCAUCCAUUACUGCGAUGUCAAUGGGGAACCGGUUGAGGAUGACUACAUCUGAAUGGAUCGGGCUGCUGGAUUUCAGUCCUUCCUAUCUUUUGACUGGCCUUGACGGAGAGGGGGAAAGCACUGAGUGCUUGGGCGCACAGAGAGGUCUUGGGACUUGCGUGGGUCACAGUUUUUCCAGUGCUACUGGAAUAGUUUGCAGCUAAUGUAAAAUGAGACAUUGCAUUGUAUGUAGAGGACUCUACACAAGGGAAAAAGAAACCUUCUUAAAGUUUGUUUAUUAUGAAAUUUAAGUUCCAUUUUAAUGAAGGCAAUUAUGAUAAGGGAGAAAAAGUUUCAAUUUCUUAGCUAAAAUGAUUCAUAGCAGUAUUUUUGUUGGUUUGCCACAAGCAAAAGCCCCCGUAUGCUGUUCAGGAUCCACAGGAGUCUUUUAAACUGUGCCUUUUUUCCCUCUUGGGCAUCUAAGAGUACAUUUUGAGUAAAUCUGUUGAACAGUC